GUUGAGUCGUGCAAUGAGUCAUUUGUCACGAGAAGCAUCGAUACCAAUGCACCUGUCUCCUUUUUUUUUUUACCCUUAUCUCGAUCUCCUUUUUCCGACUGGAACCCCACUGCUUUUUCUCAGAUCUCGCUGCUUUUGCUCUGUUUUUCUCUGCAACUCUGCAAGUGAAAAUUUAGAAGGCAUGGCGGACUGGGGGCCAGUGAUAAUAGCAGUGGUGCUGUUUGUGCUGUUAACUCCUGGGUUGUUGUUUCAGGUACCGGCGAAGGGCAGGGUGGUCGAGUUUGGGAACAUGCACACCAGUGUCGCUUCUAUUUUGGUGCACGCCAUCCUUUUCUUAGGCCUCAUCACCAUCUUCCUUAUUGCCAUUGGUGUUCACGUCUACGCUAGCUAAUCUCUCUGUAAUUAAUUAAUGCCCUGAUUUUCUGCUUUGCUUAUCAUAGAUCUGUUGUUUUAGGCACAUCUUGCUUUUUCUCUUCUUUUCUUUGUUUGUAUCAAAGCUGUUAAACGCUUCUUGCUCUGUAUUUGAUGGAUCUCAUGAACUUAUGAAUAGUCUUCACAAAAUGGAUCAGAUUUCUAACUCUUAUAUUUUA